AUGAACAGUGCGAAUCAUGAUUCGAUUAUUAUCCGAACGGUGACACAAAAGUUUCGGGAGGGCGAGUCCGUGCUGGCUAUACUGGCGGCGUACCAAAUCGUCGGCAAUAACUUCCAAAACCGGCUGCUCGUAACAGUCAGUUCCAGCGAAACGGCGGCCUUGUUUUCAUUUUCAGUUUCGCGCGAACCCCCUGAAAGCAUAUCCGAUCUGACGAUAGUGGCGGUUUUCCCUAUAAAUGAAUCAUUUAUCGUCAAUACAGAUUCCGGUUCCGGUUCCGUGUCCAGUCAUCAGUUUACCGUGUUCUCGGAUAGCCAGCCGACCACCUACUACUACCACGCAACCGAUGAAAUCAACGCAGCGAAGGAACAUUUGUUGACCAGUCUCAAAAAUCUGAAAGCUUCAUACCAUGCCGUUCCGGUACAUUCGCCGACGGCAUACGAUUGGUUACUUUACUACAGGCCAGCGGAUGAACGGGCCGGGCUGUUGGCGAUCGAUCGCAGUGUAGCAGACGGUAGCCAGGCGCCAAAAACACGCGAUGCAAAGUUCCGUGAGGAGCUGGAACGACGACGGCAUGAGUACACCGUGUAUGAAUCGUAUCACGUGUAUACCGCCACCUGGAACGUUAACGGACAAACGUACGAAGCGAUCGAUCUGCCAGAAUGGCUCGCUACGGCCGACAGUCCACCAGAUAUAUAUGCGGUUGGCUUCCAAGAGAUCGAAUGGACGACCGAAAAAAUUCUGAGAAAUGAAACAAAAAUUGAUCGAACAUGGGUCGAUAAGGUUAUGAGUGGUCUGCAUAAGGGAGCCGUAUAUACCGAGCUUGCAUCGGUACGGUUGGUGGGCAUGAUGCUAACCGUGGCUGUUAAAAAUACAAUCUAUCCCAAGAUAACCGAUUGCCUCACGUCUGCCGUCGGUACUGGCACGCUGAAUUGGGGCAAUAAAGGUGGCGUUGGCGUGAGCUUUAAAUUGAACGAAGCCCUUUUUUGCUUCGUUAAUACGCACCUGGCCGCGCACACGCAGGAAGUGGAGCGAAGGAAUGACGAUCAUGACGACAUUAUACGGCGUAUGUCAUUCGACAAUGGAUUUCGAAUGCGUUCGAUCGACGAACAUCAUCACAUAUUUUGGAUCGGUGAUUUAAACUACCGUCUAGAUGGCCCGGAAGUGUCUCAGGAGUAUGUCAACCGUAAGGAUCGUGACUACAACCAGCUUUACCAGCACGAUCAACUGUACGUGGAAAAGCGUCGGAACCGCAUCUUCCGCAAGUACAAGGAGGGUAAAAUUCUAUUUCCACCAACGUACAAAUACAACCCCGGUACGGAUGAGUGGGACAGUAGCGAAAAAAGUCGUACGCCUGCCUGGUGCGAUCGUAUACUGUGGAAGGGGCAACGAAUAGAGUUGCUCCGGUACCAUAGCGUGAUGCAGUUGCGAAGAAGUGACCACAAGCCGGUAUAUGCAGAUUUUAAGGUCGAGGCUCAAGCAAAGGAUCAUGCGAAGCUGAAAAAAAUAAGCGAAGAGGUGCUGAAAACUGUCGACAAAUAUGAAAAUGACAAUCAACCGCAGAUUACGGUGGAACAGACGGAUCUCGAUUUUGGUUUAAUCCGAUUCAACGAAAAGUUCUCGUGCGAGCUGCUGGUUGCGAACAAUUGUCACCUGCCCGUACGUUUCCGGUUCGCCUGCAAGGACGAUCGAAACAGUCAGGUGUGCGAAGAUUUCAUCCGCAUUAGCCACAGCAACGGUGAACUGUUGACCGGAAACAGCUUAAGCAUUCGCAUCGACAUACUGGUCGAUGCACCGGCUGCAUCGCGCAUGCUGCGCAAGCUUAAGGACGCCCAGGCCGGUUCAAAGAUACCGCUCGACAUACUGGUGCUCCACGUGGAGAAUGGACGGGACAUAUUUAUCACCAUAUUUGGCGAGUACAAACCGAGCUGCUUCGGUGUGUCAAUCGAUACCCUGAUGAAGCUGAACAAACCCGUAUCGAUGUACGCAAUUCACGAGCUGGUAUCGUUGGAUCACGAGGAAAAGCUGAUCGAUCUGGUUGGGGAUGAUGUCGGGGGUAGUAAUCUUCGCUUUCCGCGCGAAAUCUGGCGCUUGGUGGAUAAUCUGCGCAAAAUGGGGAUGCAAACACCACAGCUAUUCACGCUGGACCGAAAGUUGGGCCAGUCGGAUGCAGCUAACCUGCUCGAAAUACGCGACUGGUUGGACCGUUGGUCAACGGAUGAAUUUCCCGGGACACCGCACGCGACAGCGGAAGCGCUUUUAAUGAUGCUGGAAGCCCUGCCGGAACCGGUAGUCACCAUCAGUGAACGGGAGUGUAUCAUUGCGGCCGACAACUUUGAGCGCUGCAAAGAGUUACUGCGAUCGAAACUGAAGUCGGUAAACCGAAUUCUUUUUCUGUACAUUUGUCUUUUUUUACAGGAUCUAUGGAACGUUAAUAAAUCACUCCGGAUCGAAAUGAUCGCUGGCUUAUUUGGUCGAAUAAUGAUUCGCAGUCAGUUGCCACCAAAGCCGGAGUUUAGCAACAGUAUUUAUGCCUAUUCCGAAGAUGAACGAGAUCAGCGAAGACGGUUUAUGAUGACGCUACUUAAAAACAAUAUGCGAGAUUUUGCCCGCCAGGAAAUGAGCACCUACUAG